UUACAAUGUCAUUGGAGCGUGAGUAAUGUAUGUGACUCUCUAUAUAUAUUUAACGUGUAGUGAUUUAUUAAAUAGUGUUUGGUAACUUUUGACGCGCUUUAUUAUGCAGUUACUCAAUAAUUGAAAUAAAAAGAAAAUGUUUCAGUAUUUACUAUACGAAGUUUUAAACAUUGCAUCUGGAUUUUCUUUUACGCCUCUCUUGGUUUGUUUGUGCUUAGUUUUGUUAAUAGUGAUUAAUUGUCGGAGACAGCCUGGGGUCCCGCCGGGUCCACCUUUACUUCCGGUUAUCGGAAACAUUCUGACAUUUUCAGCUAAAGAUUUACAAGGAACUUUGAACACUUUACGAGUGAAGUAUGGGGACGUCUUUAGUUUGUAUAUAGGCAAAGAACUUGUGAUUAUUUUGAACGGAUACGAGACUAUCCAUGACGCUUUAGUGAAGAGAGGUCGAAUAUUUUCUCACCGACCUGAAUCAGCGUUCCAAAAGGUUGUUAUGCCCUUUACAGGAAUUUUGUUUAGUAACGGAAAGACAUGGAAAGAACAGAGAACAUUUGCUCAGAAAACAGUAAAAGAAAUUUGUUUUGAGGACGGGAGUAAAAAUAUUGAAACAGUGCUUCGUGAAGAAGUUGAAAAAGUUUUACAAAAAAUGGACGAAUUUGGAACAGAUCCAUCAGAAAUUCAGCGCCUGGUCCAAACUUACUCUCUGAACGUUAUUAUCAGGAUAGUCUAUGGAGACGGGUUCAAAGGUGAAAAUGAAAACGCUUCGUAUCUCAUAGAUGCGUAUCACAACAUAGGGAUGGAAGUGGCAACAAUGCAAGUAAUGGUAAAUUGUUUCCCAUUCCUGCACAGUUUACCCGGUGAUAUUUUAGGUCUAAAGAAAUUCGAGUUGAAACGGCAAAAACUGGAAUCAGUCACUAAACAAUUUAUCCAGAAUUCUUUAAACAAUAACGAAUCGUGCAACAAAUCUUUUGUAGAAAUGUAUAAUGAAGAACUGGAGAGGUGUAAGAGUGGAGAUAAAGAUACUGGUGACUCGUUCUCGGAACGGCGAAUGAUACAUAGCUGUUCUGAUCUUAUAGGAGCAGGCAGUGAUACAACGGCAAACGCUAUUGUUUGGAUUUUGCUACACUUGGUAAGGGAACCAGAAGUGCAGGAAAAAAUGUUCCAGGAAAUGACGCAACAACUUGGAGAAAAGACGGAACCUAUGCUUUCUGACAGAAAAAGUCUACCGUAUGCGCAAGCUGUGAUUCUAGAGGGACUUAGAAUAUCUAAUUCUACCCCACUGGCACUUCCACAUUCAGUGUCGGAAAAUCUAUAUUUCAAAAAGUAUUUUUUUCCAAAGGAUUGUACAGUGCUUGUAAAUUUGGCAUCUGUUCUGAAAGACCCUGAGUUUUUCAAAGAUCCAAACAUUUUUAAACCAGAGCGAUUUCUUAGCAAGGACGGGAGUACGGUUAUCGACGUUGAUGGAUUUGUUCCGUUUUCUGUAGGCCCAAGAUCAUGCCUUGGUGAGUCUUUAGCUAGAAUGCAACUCUUCUUGGUAGUUUCUUCAAUUGUGCGUAGAUUUAAGCUACUACCAGAAAUAGACGGACAACUUCCGGUUGCGCAAGGUCAGCUCAGCACGGUUUACAAGCCACUGCCAUUUUUAAUCAGAUUGCUUAAACGUUAACUCUCUAAAUUAAAAACUUAUUCCACAAACCCGGUUAUCGUAGUCGUAAAUGUGUCCCAAAUAAUAUACAUUAUAUUUUCUUUUUACUCAUUUUUUCAGUUAUAAUACCAAUCUUAUUUUAUCGCCAGUCAUUUAUGACUGCGUCAGUUUUAAUUAUCUUUUAAAAGAGAUGGAAAAAGCAUAACUUUAGUGAUUUUACGGUGUAAACGAGGCUUUUUAAAGUACCAUAAUAGAAAAACAUUUACGAUAAUCGUUUGUUAUAUUUUUAUUUUGCUGUGACAAUCUUAUUUGAAUGAUUGAUGUUUCCCUCAAGGUUAACCUAUUUUGUAACUUGAGAGGUGAGCCGAGUUUCGGCUUUAUAUACACAUGUAUAACAGAAAUCCAUUUCAUAAUUAAUAACAUUUUGUCAUUUAAUUUCACAUUUUUCACAUUUUACUGUUUUGUUAAAGUAGUUAAAGACUAUUUAUUUUAUCUGUUUUUUUUUUUUUGUUUUUUUUUUUUUUUUUUUUUUUUUUUUU